AUGAGAAAGCAAUUGCAACGCCAGGACACGGGUUUUCCGGGCAGUCAUCAAGGCUGCAUGUGGAGCCUGAUGCAUAUCCUUGAUUACCAUCAUUGGCAUAGUGUCAAGAAGAUACUUCCACGCCGAAAGAACGCCGGAGGAAGAAGAAUCAGAUGCAGUGGAAGUCGAAAAGCAACUUUGAAAAACCUUGACAAUGGUGAAAAGGAAGAGUUAACUACUGAAGCUGAACCCUUGCUGGUGAAACAGCAUGGUAAAGAAGCUAGCCCUGCAAAGAAAAAGACUAGGAAAAAUCAAGUCAAGGCAUCAAAAGCUAAACAGGCAAUUUCUCCGGAAGAAGUCAUGGAGUUCUCACCAAGCCAGAAGCUAAUGACAAAUAAUCAGCUGAAGAAAGACAUUUCCCACGACCAGUUUUAUGAUCAUGUUGAUCUUUUGGAGCUACUUAAAGCAAACAAGGAAUUUUUCUUAAAGUUCCUUCAAGAUCCAGAUAUUAAUGAAAACCAGUUUCCGGGCCUGAACAAGUCCAAUACCAAAGUUAUAAGAUUAACAAAAUCAAGUUCAUUUCCUGUAGCUGAUUCGUCUCGAGCUAGAAGUGUUACGCCAAGCACACUUAAACACAAGCAGAAUGAAAAAUGGUCAUUGCCAAAGGGAGAAAAAAUUCUUGCCAGUACUCGGGGGCCAAAAUUCGUGACAUCUGAAUCUCAAGAAGACUCUGAGAGAUUUAGUCAUCAAGGGUGGAAUCAAUUGGUCAUGAGACGUUUUAAAGAUAUCAAGCAGAAGUUAUUGCAUGCACUGGAGGAGAGCAACAAGGAAAAUACUCCUACUUCUACUGAAACACUCGUCUCCGAAGCCCCUUCUGGAUGUGAUGGUAAAGAAAUGACUGAAACACCGGAUUUAAUUAAUGGUGAAAGGAGAAGCAAGAUUGAUGGUAUGGAUGAUACUGUUGGAAAGCGAAGACUUCAGCGUGUAAGUAGAACCUCCUCUCUAAAUGAGUCUCUCAAUAGAUAUAGUCAGUUGUUUGAUAGUAGUUGCAGAAGUGAGGCCAAAUUGGAUCACUCUAGGAGUUUAAAGUUGAGAAGUGAAGAAAAAGUUACUUCAACUGGGAAUGCUGAGAAAUCCACCAGAAGAAAUCUGUCACUUCCUGACCUCGACUCUUUGUGUUCUUUUCUAAAUGGGCCACCUAGAGAUGCUUUUCGCUUGGCGAUUCCGGUUAAAACUGUAGCGGACCACAAGACAAGUAUGGAAAAUGAUGGUCAUAUUGGUCCCAAGUCGGUGAGCUUUAAUGUAGAGUUAGGCAAGUCUGCAAGACUAGAAGCUAUAUUAGAGACAGAGUACCAGACUAGUAUAGAAGAACAAAGGGACACAGAGGACCUUCAUGAGUGUAUAGUUGAGCCAGAAGAUGGAGAAAGCAUAUCAUACGAGCAACAAGAUGAUGGUUUUCCGAUGAGUCCUGAAGCAGAGGAAGCACAACCAAGUGAAACUUGUACUCUUGAACCUUGUUUACCAGAAUUUUCAAUCUCAGAAGAACUCUGCAGCAGUGCAAAGUGUGAGAAAACUGAAAUCAAACAGACAAAUAUCGACUUUCACUCCCCACAUUUGGUAGACAAGAUGGAUGAUCCUGAACUCAACUAUGUUAGAGAGGUUCUUGAGCUGUCAGGUUUUAUGGGAGACGAAUACCUUGGAACAUGGUACUCAAUGGACCAGCCAUUGGAUCCUUUAGUAUUCAAGGAAUUAGAGGUUCGAUUUCAACAUGAACUCGAUUUUACUGGAAAUUGGGAUCACCAGCUUCUGUUUGAUUUAGUGAAUGAGACACUCAUUGAUAUCCAUGAGAAAUCAUACACCUACUUUCCAAGGGCCUUGUCCGUCAGUGGCUCCAAACACCGUCCAAUGCCGAAAGGGCAAAAACUUCUUGAAGAUGUGUGGACAAGAAUCAGCUCAUAUAUGAGCUUCAGGCCAGAGCUGGUCCAGUCAUUGGAUGAUAUCGUGGCUCGAGAUUUGGCAAAAGGAGAUACUUGGAUGAACCUUCAAUGGGAAACCGAGUGUGUGGCACUUGAACUUGAGGAUUUGAUCUUUGAAGAACUGUUAGAUGAUGUCAUCUGUAGUUGAUUUUUGUAGUAAUAGAUGCAUCAGUUAUCUGUAGUCUUUGUACAUAAAAGUUUUGUUUUUUAGUUUACACGUAACUUCAAAGUCUUGCAGGCUUGCAGCUUCCUAUGAUUUUUUGUUGGGAUGGAAAAAGUGUUGCUAUUUGCAGCUG